AGUGAGAGAGUGGUGUUCCGUGCAGUUAUUGGGAGUUGGACUAGUAACAAACCAGUAUUGUGAUACCUGCUACAUUUGAACAGUGCUUCUGGCUGAACGUCAGCUCUGGACAUCCGAGGAUCAGAGAGGUAGAGCUUCCUGCCUGAUGCACAGGCUGGAGCCUCACUUUGACCUUACCAAUUGGACUCUGCUCUCCCUCCACCCUGUGGAGCAAGCAAUCACAGUCACCUCCUCCCCUGCUUGCUCAGACAGCUGCUGUGAUUUGAAUAACCAAGCAGGCUGUUGGAUGUCCAGUAGUGACUGAUUUGCUUGGCAAACAGACCCUGCUGGUACUAUGGAAAGACACUCAGCCCCACUGGGGUCUCUGUUUCCUCUCCCCACCCCCAAGAGCCACCUAGGUUCCAGUUUUGCCCUUGCUUGACUUCCUUGGGGGCCCUAGCGCUUGUCUUCCCCUAGAGGCUGGAGAGUGUCCUUAGGAACAUGGCAGAGGAGAAUAGGGAGGAAUGGCAGGGCCCAAGGCAGAGGUAACUGGAGCCAGCUAAAUCUGCCCCCUGAGCCUGUCACAAAAUUUGCAUGGAGAGAAUGAGGCUUCUCUGUGGCUUCCCCCUUCCUUCCCACCUGGGAUAGUCAUCCUGGGCCUGAGGUCUGACAGCAGGUGGAGGAGGCAGCCGUGUGUGUGUGUGUGGAGCCAUCUCCCUGUCCCUGGAGGUGAUGCCCCGUGUCUUCCUGGUCAGGAGUCGGCGUCCACAGCCACCCAACUGGGGCCACCUGCCUGACCAGCUCCGGGGAGAUGCCUAUGUCCCAGGUGGGCCCCUCACUGGGCCUGGAGGUGAUGGGCAGGAGACACAAAGCAUCACCAUCUGGCUUCUCUCCUCAGACUGCAGCAGCCUGGGGGGGCCGCUGGCACACCAGCCUUCCAGCCGAGGGGACUCUUGGGCAGCGCCCUCCCAGGGCACUCUGACAGCCACUUCUAGGGGCCCUGGGACACUUGGCUGCCCGCUCUGCCCCAAGGCCUUCCCGUUACAGCGCAUGCUGACCCGGCACCUCAAGUGCCACAGCCCUGCCCGCCGCCACGUGUGCCACUGCUGUGGCAAGGGCUUUCACGACGCCUUCGACCUCAAACGGCACAUGAGGACUCACACAGGGAUCCGGCCAUUCCGUUGUGGAGCUUGUGGGAAAGCAUUUACGCAGCGCUGCUCACUUGAAGCGCAUCUUGCCAAGGUGCACGGGCAGCCAGCGAGCUACGCUUAUCGUGAGCGCCGUGAGAAGCUGCACGUGUGUGAGGACUGCGGCUUUACCAGCUCGAGGCCCGACACCUACGCGCAGCACCGUGCCCUGCACCGCGCUGCCUGAGACUGGGAACCCCGUGUCCAACCCAUGAGAGGGAAAUAAACAGAGGAAAGGCACGCAGAGAAUACAGCAUUUAUUACAC